ACUUACAAAGCCUUCCUCCCAGCAAUGAUUGCCUCUAACCAUGGACACUUGGUUAGUCUUGCAAGCUUGGCGGGACUUGUUGGAGUGAGUCGUCUUUCUGAUUACUGUGCAAGUAAAUUUGCAGCAGUUGGUUUUGCAGAAUCAAUUCAUUUAGAGAUGAAUAAUCUGGGAAAGACAGGUGUGAAAACCACAAUUGUGUGUCCUUUUGUCAUAAACACAGGAAUGUUUGAUGGCUGUAAAAGCAAGUGGCCAAGUUUACUUCCCCUUCUGGACCCAGAGUAUGUGGCUGAGAAGAUAGUCACAGCUAUUCGACAGGACCAAGAAAUAUUGGUGCUGCCACGCUUUGGUUAUUUAGUCAUGUUUCUGAAAAGUAUCCUGCCAGUGAAAAUAGGUAUUCUCCUUGCGGACUAUUUAGGAAUCCUAAAUCUCAUGGAUAACUUCAAAGGUCGAGCAAAGAAGGACUGA